GGGCAUGCCCUUGGUGAUGUGGAGAUGGAAGCCUGGCAAGGAUGGGAAGGAUGUGUGUUCCCCGACUCUUACUCACUUGUACCAGCACCCAUAGACGGGGACAGAUUGAGAAGCUGCUGGGCCUGCUCGCCACCCAUCUGACACCUGCAUCCUCAUGAUUCGUGACAAGAGCCCCCAGAGGCUGAGCAGGCCCAGCUAUGGCUCUAUUUCCAGCCUGCCUGGCACAGCACCUGUGCCUCCCCAGGAGACCUACUUGAGUGAGAAGAUUCCCAUCCCCAGCACAGAGCAGGGCACGUUCAGCCUGAGGAAACUGUGGGCUUUCACGGGGCCUGGCUUCCUCAUGAGCAUCGCUUUCCUUGACCCAGGCAACAUCGAGUCGGACCUUCAGGCUGGUGCUGUGGCAGGAUUUAAACUGCUCUGGGUGCUGCUCUGGGCCACGGUGCUAGGUUUACUCUGCCAGAGGCUGGCUGCCCGGCUAGGCGUGGUGACAGGCAAGGACUUGGGUGAAGUCUGCCAUCUCUACUACCCUAAGGUGCCCCGCACCCUCCUCUGGCUGACCAUCGAGCUAGCCAUUGUGGGCUCAGACAUGCAGGAAGUCAUCGGCACAGCUAUCUCCUUCAACCUGCUCUCAGCUGGACGCAUCCCCCUGUGGGGUGGCGUCCUGAUCACCAUCGUGGACACAUUCUUCUUCCUCUUCCUGGAUAACUAUGGAUUGCGCAAGUUGGAAGCUUUCUUUGGAUUUCUUAUUACUAUUAUGGCUUUGACCUUCGGUUACGAGUAUGUGGUAGCACGUCCAUCCCAGGGAGCACUUCUUCAGGGCCUGUUCCUGCCCUCCUGCCCCGGCUGUGGUCAGCCUGAGCUGCUGCAGGCGGUGGGCAUUGUUGGCGCCAUCAUCAUGCCCCACAACAUCUACCUGCACUCAGCCUUGGUCAAGUCCAGAGAGGUAGACAGAGCCCGCCGGGCGGACAUUCGAGAAGCCAACAUGUACUUCCUGAUUGAGGCCACCAUUGCCCUCUUUGUGUCCUUCAUCAUCAACCUCUUCGUCAUGGCUGUCUUUGGUCAGGCCUUCUACCAGCAAACCAAUGAGGAAGCGUUCAACAUCUGUGCCAACAGCAGCCUCCACAACUAUGCUAAGAUCUUCCCCAGGGACAAUGACACAGUGUCAGUGGAUAUUUACCAAGGAGGUGUGAUCCUAGGCUGUCUCUUUGGCCCUGCAGCCCUCUACAUCUGGGCAGUGGGUCUCCUGGCAGCCGGCCAGAGUUCAACUAUGACUGGCACCUACGCAGGGCAGUUCGUGAUGGAGGGCUUCCUGAGGCUGCGGUGGUCCCGCUUCGCCCGCGUCCUCCUCACUCGCUCUUGCGCCAUCCUGCCCACCGUGCUUGUGGCUGUCUUCCGAGACCUGAGGGACCUAUCGGGCCUCAACGAUCUGCUCAACGUUCUGCAGAGUCUGCUGCUGCCCUUUGCUGUGCUGCCCAUCUUGACAUUCACCAGCAUGCCAGCCAUCAUGCAGGAGUUUGCCAAUGGUCUGUUGAGCAAAGCCAUCACUUCCUGCAUCAUGGCACUGGUCUGUGCCAUCAACCUCUACUUUGUGGUCAGCUACCUGCCCAGCCUCCCGCACCCUGCCUACUUUGGCCUCGUAGCUCUGCUGGCUCUGGGCUACCUGGGCCUUACUGCCUAUCUGGCCUGGACCUGUUGCAUUGCCCACGGAGCCUCCUUUCUGACCCACAGUUCCCACCAGCACUUCCUAUAUGGGCUCCCCAAAGAGGAGCAGGAAGAUGGGGAGAGCUCUGGGUGAGAGGAGCAGCGGAUCCAGAAAGCAAGGCACUUGGAGAUCCACCAUGCAGCUUAGUGGAUUACAGGUUUCCAGUUUAGACAAGCGCUUCACCUCUGAGUAAAGUGCCCUCAUCCGUGCUAGGGACCACACCCAUCUAACCACCAACGCCAAAGACUUAAAAACACAGAGCCUGGGGCUAGAGAGAUGGCUCAAAUGUUAAGAACACUGGCUGCUCUCUCCAGCACCAACAUGGUGCCUCUCAAGUGACUGUGACUCCCGUUCCAGGGCAUCCAGUGCCCUCUUCUGACUUCCUAGACCGGGUACUGCAUGCACCCGGGCACAGACAGGCAUGCAGGCAAAGCAUCCAUAUAAAUAAAAAUUACUUCAACACAAAA